AUGACAAGAAGUGGCUGGCUCUUAGAUGUUCCAUUGCAGCCAACCAAGAAGGCCAUGCCUUCUAAAGACAAAGAGGCCGAGAAUUUCAAUGCAAAUGACCUAGAGAAGGACCCUGCCUCUUCUAAGGUCAAUGAUGUCGUGCAUGAGACAGGUAAGGAUCUUAACUCUAGUGGUUUGGUUUCAUCUAAUGCUCUUCCUCGUAUCCCCUUCCCCAAUAGAUUCGCAAAGAAGAAGAAAGAUGACUCUGAUCAAACCAUGCUCGACAUCUUUAAGAGGGCAGAAGUGAACAUGCCUCUCAUUGAAUGCAUUCAACAAAUCCCGAAGUACGCUAAGUUUCUAAAGGAGUUGUGCACCAAUAAGAGGAUGACUCGAGAAAAGGAAGUGGUCACAAUGAAUGAGACGAAGAGCCAUGUGUGUAUAUAUUCAAGACCUCACCUUUCAAAGAAAGCAAGAAUCGAAGAAGAAAAGGACAUGCUCACCGAAUUACCAGAAGACGUUCGCCGCCACAUUCUGUCAUUCUUGUCUACCAAAUACGCGGUGUCCACUUCCAUCCUUUCAAGGAGUUGGAGAAACCUAUGGACCUUGGCUUCAACCAAAAACCUAGAGCUUGAUGACAGCUUACUGCACCCGAAGAGUGAUUCUAAAACCAUUCGUCACCACCAUCCUUCUUUAUUCUCCGAUUUUGUGAACCGCGUUCUCCGCCUCAGCAGUAUGCCGUCUAUUCAAACACUCAAACUCUGUUGCUCCUACCCUUAUGACUCAGCACAUACGGCAUGCAGAUACAAUGUCAUUGAGGACGAUAUCAGAGUAUACAGUCAGAACCCUAUCAAAUUGCCUUCGAAUUUGUAUGGUAGCACUUGACUGGUGGUACUGAAAUUAAACGCCAACGUAAGCCUCGACUUUCGGGACUCCAUCUCUUUCCCAAGACUCAAGGUGUUCUGGAUAAAGGUUGACGACACAAACGAUGCUAACUUGACGCAAAAGCUUUUCAGUGAUCACAUCUGCCCUAUUCUUGAAGAGUUGGUCAUAGAGGGUGAAAUAUUGGAUGAGAAUAGGAGAGUGGCUUUGUUGGUGAUAUUGAGUUCUCUUAAGAGGUUGAAAAUCGAAUACCGUUUAGCGCAUAGUUUUCCCGGUGGUAUUGAGUACAACUUUGUGUUGUAUUUCCCUAACGUCAAGUCGCUUGAUAUCCAUGAUGACUUCUUGGCCAUUAGUGCUAGGGAUUUGAAGGUUCUGAACUAUGCAAAUAUUAGUAUUGGACACCCCUGUGCGGAUUAUGCAGCAUUUGAUCUUUAUGGCGAUGUGAAUCCCACUAAACGGGCGUUUGAGAUCCUUGAAGAGCUCUCGAAUGUCAAGUCCCUAUCCUUAUCUGGUGGUACUACAAAGGCUCUCAGUUCUUCCUACGAGACGGCGGAGUACACCAGCUUAGAUGAUGACGAACAAGAUGCAUUACUUAUCCGCAUGAGAAAUUUCAAACUGUGCUUUCGAUUGACCUGCUUGGAGCUGGGUUUCCGUACCUGUGGGAGCUGGAGUUUUCUUUUCCUUUUGUAACAGGAGUUGGAUUUAACUAGUUAUCGAUACAAAACAGUAUUCCGGAGACCCGAAGGACCUGUUCCAGAAUGCAUGUUGCUUCAUCUGAAACAAAUUGCGAUCUGGGGAUUUCAGGGGGAAUCACAGGAGCUGGAAGUUGUAGAGUUCUUUUUAGGGCAUGCAGAAGUGUUGCAAAAGAUGAAUAUUCAUGUCCAAGAAUCAUCACCAAAGAUGAUGUUUUCCGGGUAUGUGUUACAAAUCCCAACAGUUUCAGAAGCAUGUCAAGAGAUAGUUACACAUACAUGA